UGCUGUUGUAUACUUGUACGAGUGAUCUCGAUCAUAUAAAAGCUCGGUGCUUCCUUCGAAAAGUUCAAUACCAGACGACCAGUCGACUCCGCAACUCGACAGCAUGAAGAUCCAAGCUAUCAUCGUUCUCAGUUUGGUGGCGAGCAUCUACGCCGCCCCGGAAAUUCGUUCCCGGCGCGAUGCGUCGAAUUCGACAACGGCAGCGUCGACGUCCAGUUCAACGGGUGGGUCGUCGAGCGCCCAGGGAGUGGAUUGUGGGAAAGGAGCUCCCCAAGGAUUGCGCGGUUUGUUGGGCCAAGUGGGCGUUCUCCUCGACAACCUCUUGGCAAAUGUAGCCGCGAUAAGAAUAAAAGGAGUGUUGGGUGGGGACGGUGAUCUCUUGAACCUCACGGGUGUCUUGAUGCAAGUGCGUAUUCUGUUGUCGCACUUGCUCGGUGGCACGACCCUGGAGGAGAACGACAAUGCUGGCAAUCGAGACUUGUUGGCAUCCCUGCUCCAUCAAGUAACGGCCCUACUGGACAAGCUCCUCGGGGACGGAAGUGGAAAGGAUGCAGCGUGCAACAACAACGGUGGUAUCUUGGGCGGCCUCCUCGGAUCGCUUACCGAUGGCGCGCUCGGGACGGCCCUUCAGCCGGUGCUGAACAUAGUGGGCGCUCUUAUCAAGGGUCUCACGCCCUCGGCUCCGGGGAGUGGAUAAAAAAUUCACCGCUCUGUCUCUAAAGGACGAUCGAGGGACUGCGAGAGCUGUUGGAUUUGUUCUGUGAUCGUGACUUAUCAAGAGUAAGGAAAAUCGGACGCGAAAUGCUUGGACUUUGAACACGAAAGGUCUGACCAAAAUAAUGUUCGACGACGUAAAUAUAAUAUUUGAAGAUCCUCGAAAAAACGAAUAAAACAAAAGAUCGUGCAGUAA